AUGUUUUACCUGGAUGAACAGACGCAGUCAUACAUCAUCUUCUUCAUUGCCAUUCUCUGUACCGUUGGUUACUGUGUGAUGGUCUUCUGUGCUCUUGUAUCUCUCAUUACUACGCGGAUCUUUUUCUACAAAAAAUCUGAGUGUAUCCUGUCAACUGACAGCUAUCCCGGAGUUUCUGUCAUCAAGCCUCUCAUGGGACUCGAUCCACUUUUAGAAGAAAAUCUUGAAAGUCAUUUUAGAAUGCAAUAUCCAAAGUUUGAGUUGCUGUUUUGUUUUCCUGAUGAUCAGGAUCCAGCCAUAAACCUUGUUCAACGACUCAUGGAAAAGUUUCCACAUGUCGAUGCCAAAAUAUUUACAGGUGGGAAGGAGGGUAUUGUGAAUCCUAUGGUCUACAAUAUGGCCCCAGGCUAUGACAAUGCUACGUAUGACUGUGUAUGGAUAAGUACCAGUCGCAUAAAAGCCAGUACAGAUAUAAUUGUGGACAUGGCAUCCAAAUUACAACACCCAAGUGUAGCACUCGUUCACCAGAUGCCUUUUACAACUGACCUCAGUGGUUUUGCGGCCACAGUGGAAAAGAUUUACUUUGGAUGUGCUAUGGCAAGGUUCUAUCCUGCUUUCAACACUCUAGGACUUUGUUGUUGUACUGGAAUGUCAUACAUGUUUAAAAAAUCUCUCCUUGAUGAGCUGAAGGGGCUCAACUGGUAUGGACGCUACCUCGCAGAAGAUUUCUUCCUAACAUCAGCUUUACAUGAAAAAGGGCAUAAACUCGUCCUAUCAGCCUACCCUGCACAACAAAACAUAGCUUCUGUAACAUUACGAAGUUUUAAAGACAGAAUGGUCAGGUGGACGAGACUUCGCCUGAACAUGAUGCCAGUGGUAGCUGGAUUAUUAGAGCCUCUAGCAGAUUGUCUUCCAUCGGGUCUCAUUGGAGCAUGGGCAUGCUACCAUUUCUUUGGCAUUCAUAUGUAUUAUUUUUUCCCUAUCCAUGUGAUAGCGAUGUUGUUUCUUGAUUAUAUACAAUUGAGGACAGUCCAGAAUGGACCUCCACCAUUUUCCAAGCUCAAAUAUGUAUUAUGUUGGACAUUCCGAGAAUUAAUGGCAACAUACAUUUAUUUGGAGGCCAUUUUAAAACCACGAACAAUUCCGUGGGGAAAGAAAGUAUUCAAGGUGACUUUGGGUGGACACACAACCCUGUUGACGGACAAGGCUCAUGAUUGA